AACAAGGUUUUUCGGUUCAAUCAGGCCGGAAAUCGUAACACAGUGAGCSCUGUGUUCGUCAAACAAACUGAAAUAGCUACAUGGUAGUUAGAAUGUUAUCACUAGCUGCAGACAUACAGUAAGUAAUAUAAAACGGCAAUGUGUAUUAAAUCUAUUCGGUAGUAAGUGGCUGUAAUUGAUAGGAAAAGUCCAAUUUAACAGUUAAAUAUGUAUCGUGGACGGCCUCCACCUCGAGGAGGGUAUCCGCCGCCGUACGAGGGCCGUGGCCCACCGCCCCGUGGUCUUACGCCUGGRAGGCCGUAUCCUCGGCCUCCGUUUAGAGAAGAACGAGGAAGGCCCAGACCGCCGUUUGAGGGUUACCAUGACGGGCCACCUCCAGACCCAUACAGACGUUCUCCACCGCGCAGGAGGUAUACUUCAGCUGGUUCAGGYAGUCGCAGAGGACCAGGUGGUGAAUACUGGGGCAGCGGCCCUCCCCAAAGAGAAAGAUCUCCAUCUCCCCGUGGUGGCAUCCCCACUGACCACAGUCUAGUAAUCACUGUGGGCAAUGAGUUGACUGGACCACCUGGGGUAGGGCUACCCUCAAGAGACUACCCUCCUUACCUGCCAAAGAGGUCCAGUUAUGACGGCCCUGAUGACCGUGGCCCCAGGAGGCAGAGUCCCUGCAGCGGGAGAAGCCGUCCUCGUAGCCGCAGCCCGGGCUUCGGGGGACGGAGCAAGAGCCGUCCUCGUAGCCGCAGCCCGGGCUUUGGGGGACGGAGCAAGAGCCGUCCUCGUAGCCGCAGCCCGGGCUUUGGGGGACGGAGCAAGAGCCGUCCUCGUAGCCGCAGCCCGGGUUUCGGGGGACGGAGCAAGAGCCGUCCUCGUAGCCGCAGCCCGGGAAUCGGGGGACGGAGCAAGAGCCGUCCUCGUAGCCGCAGCCCGGGAAUCGGGACGGAGCAAGAGCCGUCCUCGUAG